AUGAAGUGGAUCGCGCAGCUCUUCCCGUUGUCCCUGUGCUCGUCCCUGCUCGGACAGGCUGCCCAUGCUCUGACCCCAGCCGAAUGGCGCAGUCAAUCGAUCUAUUUCCUCCUGACCGAUCGGUUCGGCCGAGAAGACAAUUCCACGACUGCUGCCUGCGAUGUCACGCAACGACUGUAUUGCGGCGGGAGCUGGCAGGGGAUCAUCAAUCAUCUCGACUACAUUCAAGGCAUGGGAUUUACUGCCAUAUGGAUCACCCCCGUAACUGAGCAGUUCUAUGAGAACACCGGCGAUGGUACUUCGUACCAUGGAUACUGGCAGCAGAAUAUCCACGAGGUCAAUGCCAAUUAUGGAACGGCACAAGAUCUUAGAGAUCUGGCCAACGCUCUGCACGCGCGUGGCAUGUACUUGAUGGUCGAUGUGGUCGCCAACCAUAUGGGCUACAACGGAGCGGGAAACUCGGUCAACUACGGUGUCUUCACUCCGUUUGAUUCCGCUACCUAUUUCCACCCAUACUGUCUCAUCACCGACUACAACAACCAAACAGCUGUGGAGGACUGCUGGCUGGGAGAUACUACUGUCUCGCUACCCGAUCUCGACACGACCAGCACGGCAGUGCGAAGCAUCUGGUAUGAUUGGGUGAAGGGAUUGGUUGCCAACUACUCCAUCGACGGCCUGCGCAUCGACACGGUGAAGCAUGUCGAGAAAGACUUCUGGCCCGGCUACAAUGACGCUGCUGGCGUCUACUGUGUCGGUGAAGUCUUUUCGGGUGAUCCACAAUAUACCUGUCCAUACCAGAAUUACCUGGAUGGUGUACUCAACUACCCCAUAUACUAUCAACUUCUCUACGCGUUCCAAUCGACCAGCGGCAGCAUCAGCAAUCUGUACAACAUGAUCAGCUCCGUUGCGUCUGACUGUGCGGAUCCCACUUUGCUCGGCAACUUUAUCGAGAACCAUGAUAACCCCCGAUUUGCCUCCUAUACGAGCGACUAUUCGCAAGCCAAGAACGUCAUCUCCUUCAUGUUCUUCUCCGACGGCAUCCCCAUUGUCUACGCCGGACAGGAGCAGCACUACAGCGGCGGUGCUGACCCUGCCAACCGCGAGGCUGUCUGGCUGUCUGGAUACUCGACCAGCGCUACGCUGUACAGCUGGAUUGCCUCUACCAACAAGAUUCGCAAGCUAGCGAUUUCCAAAGACUCAGCCUACAUAACAUCCAAGAACAACCCGUUCUACUAUGAUUCCAAUACUCUCGCUAUGCGCAAGGGCUCAGUCGCUGGCUCUCAAGUCAUUACCGUCCUCAGUAACAAGGGAUCCUCGGGCAGUUCCUACACCCUCUCUCUCAGCGGCACGGGCUACUCCGCCGGCGCCACCCUUGUCGAGAUGUAUACAUGCACUACUCUCACCGUGGACUCGAGCGGAAAUCUCGCCGUGCCAAUGGUAUCCGGCUUGCCCAGAGUUUUCGUGCCCUCGUCAUGGGUCAGUGGGAGUGGCCUCUGCGGCGACUCUAUCUCCACCACGGCGACCGCCCCCAGUGCCACCACGAGCGCAACAGCGACAAGAACAGCAUGCGCAGCUGCCACAGCCAUUCCGAUUCUCUUCGAGGAGCUCGUGACAACUACCUACGGCGAGUCCAUCUACCUGACCGGCUCGAUCAGCCAACUCGGGAACUGGGACACGAGUUCUGCGAUUGCUCUGUCGGCGAGUAAAUACACCUCGUCGAACCCUGAGUGGUAUGUCACCGUGACCCUGCCUGUUGGCACCUCAUUUGAGUACAAAUUCGUCAAGAAGGGGUCGGAUGGGAGCAUCGCGUGGGAAAGUGAUCCGAACCGGUCGUAUACGGUGCCGACUGGGUGUGCGGGAACGACCGUGACGGUGUCUGAUACGUGGAGAUGA